AUGCUGACGGACUGUUUCGUAAUUUUAGUCGACGUCACAAUCGGCAAUGAUGAAAUCGUCUCCGACCAAUGGCGAACGCGAUCGGGGAGGCGUCAAUCGCGUCGCGUGCGCGUCGCGGUUCAUCUCGAGGCAUUCUGCGGCCUCGGUUGCGCUAUCUCCUCUCAUCUUGGGUUCUCCUUGUGCUCAACGACCGUCGUAGUGUUGAUUACUGCUGAAACAUCUGUAAAGCAAUGCUAGGCCGACCUGUUUCGCCUCUUGCCUCCGCAACUGCUACAAAUGCUGUGAGGUUAACUAGUCGGCCUUCUCUUUCACGAAAGAGAGCUGCUGCCAGCAAUCUCCCCCUAAUUGAGAUGUCCACCCGUGUUCGUGAACGAUCUUCCUCAUCACUAUCAUUGCUUUCUGAUGUUUCUCAGGAAUCUUCAGAUGAGUUGAAACGCCAGCGCUAUGGAAGUGCAACCUUCACAGAUGAUUCCUAUAACUCCCCACUUUCGACGGGUUCGGAUUUUUCAUCUAGCGAAUUCCUCAGUUCUUCUUGCGGUAGCGGCUGUCGUGGUCGUUUACUAGUUGGGGGAAAGAAGCGCGAAAAAAUUGUACCACUGGUCAACAACUCAGUAAUCAGCGACUAUCGAAUCGUUGGCGCUGGGAAGGACUCGAGAGCUGUGCAUCUUCCAACUAACAAAGUCGUCAAUUGUCAGGUUUUGACAUCUCAAGAAGCUCAUGUAGUUUCUCAACUCAUAGCUCGCCUCGACGAAGCUGAAAAGUACUACAAAGGUCCGGAUGUCAACGAGCUAAGGGAAUUGGUAAUGCCGUCAGACUGUGAAGUAAUCGAGGAAAUUAGUGGACGUGUCGUUAUGUUUGUACCAUUACAUGAUUGUUCCCUUUAUGCUUAUGCUCAAAAGAAAGGUUUUCACAUGACCGAAGCUGAUGUGGAGCCGAUUUUCAAACAGAUCGUGCGCAUCUUGGCGUUCUGUCACUCUUUGGGAAUAAUUGUUCGCAAUUUGAAGCCUCGCAAGCUCGUGUUCGAUCAGCAGAAUCGGAUACGUCUUGAAAAUGUUUUGGAUUGCAUAGUCUGUGAUGACCCCUCAGAUGAUCGCAUGGUAGAUAAGUACUGUACCCCCGCGUUUGCGGCUCCAGAGGUAGUAAAUCGCGCUCCAAAUUUUUCGGGGAAGGCCUGUGAUGUGUGGAGCCUUGGAAUUCUGUUGUAUCUUUUGUUGCUCGGUCGCUAUCCAUUCUAUGAUGAGACUCCUGCGGGUGUAUUCUCAAAAAUACGUGUGGCAAAAGUAGUCUUGCCUCCUGAUGUGCAUUUGAGCGCUGGCGCUCGUGCUUUGAUAUUCGGUUUGCUUCGGCGUGACCCCGAGGAGCGUCCAACUACAGCCGAAUUGCGCUAUAUACCUUGGAUCUGCCCACCGAAAGUGCCUUGUAGGAGAAGAACCACUGAUCCUAGAAUCAGUCCGGCGCUGCACAUGCGUAUUGCAUUGGCGCAAAAUCUGCUUGAAGAGAUGACCGAACCCUUUGUACGAGGCCCUUGCUAUCCUCCUCGUUCUCGAUCUUUGGGUCGUACUAGUGCAUUAGCCGUACCAUCAUCAACUUCAUCAUCGUCGUCAUCAUCCUCAGCGUCAUCCUCCUCUAUAUCAGCAUCCUCAGCAUCGUCUUUUGCGCUGGCAUCCCCAACAUCAAGGUCUGUUUCGUCUUCUUCUGUGUUGAAUGCAUUUGGUGAAACAGUUGUUCAACGAUCAUUGGAUUCUUUGAUAUAUGCGCGCCCGUUGAGUCAGUCAUAGAUUUGGGUUAGUGCUUACCGUCAACGAUUUCGACGGUUCGGCAUUGCUCAAAUAAGGUUAAAGCCUUUCUUUUUGAUUUGUUAGUAUCCUUCAUAUCGCUCGUACUUUCUUGAAGUUUGUAACAUACGUUUCAUAUUAUCCAUUUGAUUGUUUCUCUAGACGCAACGAGUGCUCUUGUAGUGUUCCUAUAUCCUUGCUUGUGAAUCUGUGAGUUCUGUUCGAACAUAAUUUCUCCAUACACAACAUGAACAUAGGCCUUUGCUCUUUGUUUAGCCUCCAAUCAUUUCUACUGUCUUGGGCUUAUUUAUUACCUUUAAACGCUGUAUCUCUCAGAUCGGCUUCUGUGAGUCUGAAUGUUGAAGUUCUUCUCUGUCGUGGUAUUACUUGACUCCUUGAAGAAUGCUGAAUUUUUCAUGGGGUAUAAUAUGGGAAUUGUAGCUGUUGUUUUGUCUCGAUACAGCUUUCUUUGUAAAUAAGUUCAUGAGAUGAAGACCCCUCAAGUCUGCUUUGGACCUAUGGAGUUUGUGACUUUCCCUGUUGUGCGUCUUCCAGGGCUUAACUAACAUUAUUGUUUUCUGUUCAAAUGUGAUAGUGUUACUUUUGUUCUUGUCGAGUUUUUUUUGUGACAUCUUGCUUCUUGAAUACUUCAGAAUAUGAGGAGCAAUCUUAGUGCGCUAGCUUCCUAUAUUUCUUCACCCUUCGAUUUUCAUUACUGUUUUGCAUCAAUGUUCUUUCUAUUAGGUAUUUGAUUCGUUGUACAUAAAAAUGUUUUGUAAAGUGGAUCUUAUAUGAAAUCAUGUUAUC